CGAUACACGACUUUCUUACUGACUGAGCAUUUCUUGUUCGUUGCUUCAGCGGAGGCGUUGUUUGGGGUACAGACAAUCAAGCAUCAGCAGCAGCGUUCCAAAGGUACGUGUGGAGUGCCUGAAUGCUCAAGGACUGUCCGCAACAUCAGUGGAUUACUGCGCGCAAAGGAGAAACCAAAGGCGUGUACUGUCAGAACCUGUAAACGUGUGCACGAGUUUGAAUGACGUUACGAGAUUGCCGCGACGACGACGAAAACCCUGACGACGCCGCACACAGGUCGGCCCAUGCCUUGUCCAAGUCAAGCGAAGGCGGCGGCAUCGACCAGCUCGAUGCCAAUGUGAUGGCCCACUUGCUCCAGUUUCUCGCCAUGAACGACCGCGUGCAGCUCGUGUCCACCUGCAAGAGCCUGGCCCAAGGUGGAGUGGCCACCAAGUUCGAAACGUGCUGCGGGGCGUGCGCACCUUGCGUGUCCGGGCUCCAGCAUCUAUGCACCGACGCCCCAGAGCGGCAGUGGGCGCGGCAGACAUGGACGUCGAUCCUCCGCCGCCACGGCCACGCUUUGGUGGAGCUGCACCUCGUGGGGUGUGUGCACCUGUCGCCCGACGUGUUUGCUUCCCCGGAGGUCCGACGCAUUCUCCAGCACCUGCGCGUACUCCGCAUCGACAUGUGCCCAGGGUUGAACACACGAAGCCUGCACUCGUUGCUCGCCACUUGCGAGAACCUCCGCCGCGUUCACAUCGUCAACAUGCCGCUCGACGACGCCGGCCUCACUGCGCUCGUAGACAGAAACCGACGCACGCUGCGGGCAGUGGACUUGACCGGGUGCCAUUUGCUCGUGGGCAGUGGCCUUCAAGCACUGCGGGGAUCGCAAGUGGAACAGGUCAGUUUAGAAGGGUGCCACCGUGUCAAAAUGUGUGAGCUCGAAGGGAUGCUGGAGGCCUACUGCAAUACCCUUCACCUUCGCAGCUUGAACGUGCAGUACUGCCACCACGUGGACGACCGGAUUGCGCAGUGCAUUGCUGCGAACGUUCCGACCUUGGAACACCUCAAUAUGCGCUACUGCUACAAACUCACGGACGGCGGCGUGGCCUCCAUCUGCGCGUCGUUGGGCCGGCUGAAGACACUGGACCUCUCCCAGUGCCCCCGUAUCACAGACGCCGCCGUGCGCGCCAUCUCGACGUCGCUGCCCCUGCUGCAGCACCUGAAGCUGUGGAGCUGCCGACAACUCACGUCGACGCUGACCCUCCCAAGCUUGAACGUGGCUGGUCAGAAAACCAAUAGUCAUCGCCACGUUGGAUCCAAGGAGGGAUCGACCAAGUGGCAGCAGACAGACCAGGUGGGGCAGUUCCAGCGCCAAGUGCUGCUUCUAAAUCAAGCCCAAAUCGUGCGCCUACAGUGCUAACCCGUCGCGACGUAGUAGUAACUGUGUAAUGUCAAUUGUAUAUUACAUAUAA